AAAUAUGGUAGCUUUGCAUGGACAAGCAGACCAGCUUAUAUACAGACUGAUAAAACUGUACUCAGAUAAGAAACUUUCAAUCACUUUCUCUUUCCCCUGUUUUUCCUCUGUUUAUUUUUUCCUCUGCUUCAAAACUAUGGCAUUUCAGAGUUUUCUCAUAAACUUGGCCAGUUUUGUAGACCAGUAUUUCCUGAGGGAUGCCGACGGCCGGGCAAGGAUUUUGCCGGUUUUCGGGAUCCUUCCGUCCAUGCUUCUAAACCUCCACAGGCUCCACGAUGCGUGUACUGAUAACCUGGAAACAAUCGGGGAAACUUCUUACUUAAUAAAACUCCCCUGGUUCGUGAAGAUGGAUAUUUAUGGCACUGUUGAUCCUGAUGAUAUUCACCACAUAAUGAGUGCGAACUUCGCCAAUUACCCAAAAGGGUCGGAAAUGAAGAGGAUUUUCGACGUUCUGGGAGAUGGGAUCUUCACCUCUGAUUUCGAAUCGUGGAAGAAUCAGAGGAAGCUCGCCAGGUUGCUGCUGAAUCACAAGCAGUUUCACAGGUUCCUGGUGAAGACGAAUUGGGAUAAAGUGGAGAAAGGCCUGAUUCCGGUUCUUGAUCAUGUUGCGACCAAUGGGCUUGUUGUGGAUUUACAAGAUGUUUUCCAGAGAUUCACGUUCGAUACCACGGCGAAAUUCGUCACCGGGUACGAUCCAGGAUGCCUGGCUGUCGAUUUUCCUGACGUCGAAUUCGCCAAUGCGAUGGAUCGAGUUGAGGAAGCCAUAGUUUUGCGCUAUUUGUUGCCUGAUUUUGUCCUGAAAAUCUUGAGUUGGUCAAGGAUUGGGAUAAUGAAAACAAUGAAAAAAGCUUACGCAACGCUGGAUUCUGAAGUGAAGAAGUACAUUUCCAUGAAAAGGGAAGAAUUGAGCAAAAGGAAGAAGCAAAAUGAUGAGAAUGGUGAAGAAAAUGAAGAAGGGAUGGAUCUGUUGACAUCUUAUCUGAAAGAAGGUGACAACACAAUGGGAAUGAUAUUUGAUGAAAAGUUCCUGAGAGACACCAUUUUGAACUUCAUGAUUGCUGGUAGAGACACAACAAGUUCAGCAUUGACCUGGUUUCUAUGGCUUGUUUCAACUCAUCCAAGAGUGGAAAACAAAAUCAGGGAAGAGCUACAAUCCCUCAUCAUCAAACCAUCAAAAGACGACGAUGAACACGGAAAAUUCAGGCUUUUCCAAUCAGAUGAACUGAAGAAUCUGGUUUAUUUGCAAGCAGCAUUGUGUGAAACAGUGAGGCUAUACCCACCAGUUCCUUUCCAACACAAGACACCACUUCAUGAGGACAUUCUUCCAAGUGGUCAAAAAGUUCAUCCAAACAUGAAGGUCAUCAUUUCUCUGUAUGCAAUGGGGAGGAUGAAGUCCAUAUGGGGUGAAGAUAGCAGGGAAUUCAAGCCUGAAAGAUGGAUUUCCACACAGAGUGGGAAGAUCAAGCAUGAACCAUCUUACAAGUUCUUGGCAUUCAAUGCAGGACCAAGAACCUGUCUUGGGAAAGAUGCGGCUUUUACUCAGAUGAAAUGUGUGGCUGCUGCCAUUAUUCACAACUACAGUGUUAGAGUUGUGGAUGGCCAUGAUGUGCAUCCCAAUGCUUCAGUCAUUCUCUACAUUAAAAACGGUCUGAAAGUCAGGAUUUCAAAGAGAUGGCAAUGAUCAAUCAUGUCCCUGAAAGCUGCUGAGCUGCAUUUUCUCCAGAGAUAUUUGAGGGCAGUUCUCCAACAAUAAUAAAUGAGCUCCUUUUACAUAUAUGCAGUUGAAAGUUGAAACAGUUAUUUUUUUUUCUUUUCCCCUAUUUUGUUUGGUCAACUUAGAACCCUUUCCAUAAUUGUGUACCCUCUUGUUUGUAAGAGUUUCACAGUAGUCAGUACACUUUUUAUCCAAUCUUACUUGGGUUAGGGUCACCUUUGAUUCAUCAUGUUAAAGUUGAGAUACUCUCAAUCAUUCAUCUUUCAUUAUUACUUCUUCAGUUUUAUAAUACUCUUACCGUCCC